ACACACACCUACGUUUCUCCAGUCUCCACAAAUGCGAGUACGCCACUUGUCGUUGCUCCGUUGCUGCACGCGCGGAUCUAUGCGCACCUGACAGGAACCGUCGUUUCCUCAUAAGUUCUUUGUCAUUCGCCGCGUCAUCAUCGUUGCACAUCGAUCGUUAAAUCGACGUAUCCCGGUUAGACAGUUUGGCGAUUUCGCGAUUUUUUUUCGGUGAACGACGAUUUCGCGACGAUACCGAGGAAUCGUCGCGGCUCCACGAGCUCUCCGUCGUCCGUCGGUUAAAUUCGUGCUAGCGCGUCGCUGGACCUAACCUCAACCUCAACGGCACCCACCGUCGUGUGACUCGUGACUUGGCCUUUGUCAGUGUCGCUUUUUAUUUUUCUUUUAAUUACGAGGUAAUCUUGGCGCGAGACAAUUCGUCGUCAGUUUAUUCCAGUGACGGAGGUAUCGUGCGUAUGAGAGGGAGCGCGUUGUUCACGCAUAACCUAUAACCCCCGAGCGAAGCCACCACCGAGAUCGGUGGUGCGAAUGAUAUUUGGGGUGAACAGUGAAAGAGAAAGAGAAGGAAACGGUAGAUUUCGAUCGUGUCGCGUCCCACGCGAAGUCACGUCGUCGACGAUGACGUCGUUUUAUCAGAGCGACGAGAACUCCUUUGCGGAGAGUUGUGACUGCAAAAAUAAUAUUUCCGAAUCCAUGGCUUCGAUGAGCAAUAUGUCGACUCAUAAACGUGUGGAAAAGCGAUACGAUGAUAUAAUAAAAUCACAAAAUGACGACCGAUUGUACAGAGGCUUAGUACUUGCUAAUAAAAUGAAAGUACUUUUAAUAAGCGAUCCAACAACUGACAAGAGUGCUGUUGCAAUGGACGUUAAUACUG